UCCUUUCCACUUCACCAAUCUUCCCUCUCCCUUGGUUGCAGAGAAGAGUAAAACACACUGUAAUGGCAAUCCCAAUGGCAAUGGCCACACCUACAGACUCCCUAAGCAGAGUUUGGAGCAUGUCAUCUCUCAAAUCAUCUCUCCCCUCCGUAACUUGCCGUUUACCUUCCUCGUCUCCUCCCCGUCCUGUCACUCUUCGUCUCCCUUCUUUCUCCGGUCUCUCUCCGGUCAACCCCCUCAUCUCAACCGGACUUCCAGGCUGGCAAAGCUUCGAGGACGGGUUCAAGAUCAUCGACGGCGGUGGCCGCGUGUACGCGAUGAGACACGGGAGGAGAGUCCCGAAGCUGAACAGGCCACCGGACCAGAGGAAAGCUCUGCUCCGCGGGCUCACGACGCAGCUGCUGAAGCACGGGAGGAUCAAGACGACGCGAGCUAGAGCCAGUGCGAUGAGGAAGUUUGUGGAUAAGAUGAUCACUCUCGCCAAGGACGGGUCUCUGCACAAGCGGAGGCAAGCUCUGGGGUAUAUCUACGAGAAGCAGAUUGUGCACGCGUUGUUCGCCGAGGUUCCGGAUAGGUAUGGAGAGAGGAAUGGUGGGUAUACGAGGAUCAUUAGGACUCUUCCUAGGAGAGGUGAUAAUGCUCCUAUGGCGUAUAUUGAGCUUGUUUAAGAGGUUUAUCGUUUUGUUUUUUGUUUGUUCAAAAAACUAGACUCUUUGCUUUUGUAAUCUUGAGUCAGUUGUUUAUUAUUGCAGAUAUGAGAUUUAUUUGUUUGGUGUUU